AUGAGAUUAGAUCGUGAAAAUGAUGAGCAAUAUUUUUGUUCUUCUCCUAAAUUGGAAAAUUUUGGAGUAAUGACUUGUCGUACAUUUUCUGUUGAGGUUCCUCAAAACAAACGGGCGAAUUCCGUCUCCACGAUGAGCUACGUCUUGCUCAUUGAUCAACAUUCUAACCAACACCCAGAAGACGUUGAGAAAUGUUUGCUUGUAAUGAGGAUCAUGAAUAACACCCCAAGAACUGUUGAUCGAAGAAGAGCAAAAUGUGAUAACAACUCAGGAAACGUAUUAAAUAUCGAUCCCACUAAUCUCAAACACUUCAACGAUACUUCAAUCAUCGAUCAUUUUUGA